AUGGUGCAUUCAAGCGGGCUUCUUGUGUUCAGUCGGAUUCAAGUUCAAGUAAAGUUAAGCGAAAAUGAGAAUUCAUUUCCUGAUAUGAACUUUAAACCAAAGCAAAUAAAAUGCUUAGAAGCAAUUUUAAAAGGAAGAGACGUUUUAGCUGUUCUCCCAACUGGAUAUGGGAAAUCGAUCAUUUUUCAGUUGUUGCCAGAUUUUCCUUCAAAUGAAGAGAAAGGAAGUAUGAUAAUUGUUAUCACUUCCUUAAAUUCGAUUAUAGAUGACCAAAUGAAAUUUUUAAAAAAAGUUGGAAUGGAAUGUUUUCACUUGAAAAGUCCAUUUGACAUUGAAGAAGCAAGAACAAAUUUGUUCUCUGAUUCCUAUCCUGACAACGAAGUUGAUAGUACUGCACUACCAGAUUUUUCAAUAAAAAAAUUUAAAAUCUUGUUUUGUCACCCUGAAGCAAUUCUAAGUGAUGUGGGGAGAAACUUACUAAAGACAAACACACUCCAGAAAGAAGUAAAAGCCAUUGUUGUAGAUGAAGCACAUUGUAUAGAGACUUGGGGUGAUAGCUUCAGAAAAGAAUUUCUUAAUCUUGGAGCCAUUAGAUCCUUUUUCCUGGACAUUCCUGUGCUUGCCCUAACAGCAACUUCUACAGUUAAAACAACAAGCAGAAUAAAAAGUGUUCUUGGAAUGAGGGAUUGUGUUUUUUUGACUAUCAAUCCAAACCGCUCAAAUGUAUUCCUGGUUGCAAAAAAAAGAUAUCACAAUUCAUAUGGAAUCGAAUGUAUCAAAAAGAUUUUGUUACCGAUUGGAGAAGAUUUAAAAAAACAAGCGAAAGCAUAUCCACAGACUAUCAUAUACUGUAAAUUAAAGUAUUGUGGCUAUGGGUACAAACUUUUUGAAAGUAUAAUCGGCCCUUUGCAAUAUGUAGGAGGCGAAUGUAAACCAUCCAAAAGUUUGUUUGUGCAAUUUCAUGCCCCCAAACUAAGCACAUGA